GCCAUAUCUACUGUCCCUUUUCUUCGUCUUCGUCUUCUUCUUUUCCUUUUCUUCAUUUUAAGAGCUGGACUCUUUUUGGUUUGUUCCCACUGCAUUCAUUUAAGGCUUUUUUUUUUCUUCUCUUUUUCUUUUUUCGUUUUUUGAGAUACCCAUUUCCUUUCAUUUCAUUUACCUUGGCCACCUUUUCGCGUUUGAAACUCAACAAGCGGCUACUCGAACAAUAUUCCCCUCAGGGUAAUAUACAGUCAGCUGCCUACAUCGAAUCCAUCAUGAAGCCCUGGACGGUCCUCAUCCUAUCUGCUGGCCUAGUGUCGGCGCUGAGCAUCCCCCAGGCUGCAAACCGCCCAGGGGCGCUCAUGCUGCGCCAGGAGCAAGAGCAGGCAGAGCCAUCCGCAGUACCAACUCCCGAGACAGGAGAGGGCGCCGUCGAAGAGGUUCCUGCAGAAGAAGAGGAGAACGCCGAGGUUGAGGAGGGGGAGAGGGUGGGUGAAGAGGAGAGACAGCAAGAAGAGGUGGUGCAGGAGGAAGAGGAAGAAGAAGUGGCGCAGGAGGAAGAGGAAGCCGUGCAGGAGGAGGAAGUCGAGCAGGAGGAACAAGUCGACCUCGAGACGACCCGCCAGCGCUUGGUCCUCACGAACAACAUUGUCAGGCUCAUGCAGGGCCUUGGAUUGGGCCGGCUCGUCAACGCCAACAUCUUCAACCUGGGCCUGAACCAGAACAUCCAGCUGCUCGCCCAACUCCAGCAGCUGGCGCAGCUCCAGUCUCUCGGUAUUAUCAACCAGUUCCAAGUGGUGACGCUUAUUCAGCAGGGCCGUCUCCUGAACGGUUUCAGCACACGCAUCUUUUAAGCGACAUGCUCAGAUGGUGGAGACUUAGUGUGACUGGAGCUGGGACGGCCGCUAAUGGGGAAUCCCCUGCCUUGGGGUUGAAUAUGAGAGGGUGCUACGCACGCCAGGUUAGCAUUAACCGGUGUCUUGUAGGCGUUGAUAAUUUACACACUUGGCUGAAAGGCCUGAAAUUCGAUGUGUAAUAUUUUCUCUGUACCAUUGACAGGAUCUUGCGGUGUUUCCUUCGGAGCUACAAGUCUCACGAAUCCAGGCUUCGGGAAUAGGGCGCGGGAUGGGGGGGGCAAGCAAACGCGGUGGGAGCUCGGUAGCUAUCAC